CAUAGCUGUCAGUAACUGCACCAUGAAGGCCAUUUUGUUAGCAUUGACCCUCACACUUGUGGGGGGUCAGUCUAAUAUUGAACCUAAUUUCAGUCGUGGCAAGACUUACAUAUACCGUUAUGAAAGUGUGGUACUAAGUGGAUUUCCUGAAGGUGGUUUAGCCAGAAGUGGAGUGAAAAUAAACUGUAAAGCAGAGGUUGGAGCACUUGAUUCACAUAAUUAUCUACUCAAGGUAACUGCGGUUUUAAUAACAAUGAAAUUAAAAAACAUGAAAUAAUAUUUGUAAGAUAUAUAUUUAUCAUGACUGAAAAGCCAAUGGCCCAUG